AUGGAUAAGGACGUGUGUAAAAAGUUCCAGGAUGUAAGGAAAUGGUUUCCUGAUCAAUUGGACGAUAAGAAAAUGUAUCAAUUUAAAGAUGAUACACAUUUCAAAAGGUAUUGUACUGGUGAUAGUUGUGAUACUGAUCUCGACAAAAUUAAUGCUGGAUGUUUAUAUUUUUUUGAUACAUUCUUUAAGGAUGAGACUACGUUUCAAAAUGAUGCAAAAGGAAACAUCUAUAUUGUUCAAUACAUUAUGAUAUGGUUAAUUUAUAUGUUAAACCUUACCAAAACUGAAGAAAACGACAGUAUAGGCUCUUUUUAUAAAACAUAUAUAGAGCAUGGUAAUAAGUAUAGUAAAAAUAUAGAUUAUAUUAGUAGUCAUAAUAGUUAUAAGGAUCUUAUAGAUAUAAAUGAUUAUUUUUUAAGUAUGGAUAUGAGCAUUGUAUCUAAAUUAUAUGAUGUAUUUAAUACAUUAUGUGACAUAUAUAAUGAGCUUGAUACAAACUACUCAAAUUGCACGCAAUGUUCGGGAAAAGCUAGUCAAUUUGUUGAAACAUAUAAAACAAUUAUCAUAGAUCAUAACAUUGGUGAAAAUAACCGCUAUUUUUAUGUAUUGAUUAAUUUAUUAAAUGAUUAUGCUAAUUUAGAAAAUAAAUGUAAAGAUUUUCCAUCCAUUCCAGAUAUAGAAAACAUAAUUUCUGAAGUUACAUCAAGUUCGUCUAUAGCAAGCAAAUUAAUUCCAAUUUUAUCGAUAUUAGUUGCAAUAGCAAUUUUUUUAGGGAUUUCUUAUAAGUAUUCGUUAUUUGGAUUUCGUAAACGAGCUCAAAAACAAUAUUUAAGAGAAAAAAUAAAAAAUAUAAAGAAGAGAAUGAAUCGUUCAUAUAUGAUUCAAAGAGAGUGA